CACCCUUUCUAUUGAAUCUUGCCAAUUGUUCUGUGUAUCAUCCUAUUAGAUUCGUCAUUUCACACUGUCCGUAGCUGCUCAUUUCUGUCAUCCUUUGGAGAAGAUUAUCUAGGCCACCGUGUGGACCACUCCCCAUACUUUUGAGUUGCACUCCUUGCACCAUCUGGUGGUUUCCUGCUCAACUGGAUAUAGUCUUCCCUCUGCAGCCAUUCUCCACACAUUGUUACAACUUUGAUUAAAAACUUGCAAUGGCCCAGCAAAACCAAGUAAAGCAUCUAGACUACUAUAGUCCCUCAAGGAUAUUUUCACCAACAUUGAGCCAGAUACUGAUGGAUAUUGAAAAUGAAACAGUUCGAAAACAACCUAAACCAAAACAGCCACCAAAAGAUUUCACAAAAGAAAAUAUCAAACAAUUAAGAGCAAUUCAAGCCACACAUAGAAAAAGAGAACAGGAAAUAAGGAAGCCACUUAAGGCUACUGCAGCAUCUGACAAAUACAGCUGUGUACAGUCAAAGGUUUCAUCUGUUGUAAAGUCUCCCUCAGCUGCUGCUAGCCCUUCUGCCGAAUGUUCCACCACACGAACGAGUUCUGAAUCAGGUGACAGUCUUCUAAAAUCACCCGAAGUAAAGAACUGUGAAGAAACUGAUAAGAAAGAAAGCAUAACUCAAGGAACAACUGUGUCACAUCUAAGGAAAUCUUCUAGUGCAUCAGACUUAACUCUACCCCAGGAGAAACAGAAAAAUACUGCACGACCUAAGAAUGCAGCACAGAAUUUUAGAGCUGUUUCAAAAAGUCCAUCCCUUACAGAUAUGCAUCAUGUAGCUAAUGCAUUAAAGAAAUCACAAAAAAAACCUGACUCAUUUCAUCAACUGGGAAAAGUUCCAAAAUAUCUUAUUCAACGUAAACAACAGUGGAGAGAGGAGAAAGAGAGAAAACUCCGAGAAAUUCCUGAUCCUAGUAUUCCUCCAGGUCAUAGUUUGGUCUCUGAAGCAGAAAGGCAGGAAACGUUGACAAUUCUUCAACAGAAUAAACAAGAGCUACUGAAGACUUUGUCAACUUUGCCAAUAAGAAAUGAUACUCUGAGGCUCAGAAAUAAGAAAGAGGAGUUAGAACAACAGCUUGCAAAGAUUGAGGAAGGCAUAGCGAUUUUUUCUCGGCCCCGUGUAUUGAUUAAAAAUGAUGCAUAAUGUCUAUUUAUUGUAAUACUAGAAAAGGUAAUAUGCUCAUAUGAUUAGUUGUCCAAGAUUGUACUUAUAGACUUGCACGUUUGUACACAGAUGUAAAAGGAUAACUACGUAUUAUGAAUAUUUUGUAAUUAGUGUGUACAUACAGUUGUUAUAGAAGGAAGAAACAUAUAUAUAUUUGUAUGAUAUUCUUGAAGAAAAUAGUUCAACAUUUUUAGCAAAUCUGUUGACGUGUAUCUUCUUGUUAUUUAUGGUGUGAAUUGUAAUUUAUAGUUACUGAAUACUAAAAUCAGUAUUCAAAAAAUAAAGAACUAUGGGAAAUUAUCUGAUAAAGUGCAUAUACAUUGAAUCUAAUGGAAUUAUUGUUAAUUUUGACAUUCUUCUAAACUUCAGUUUUUUGUCUUUGAAAAGUUACGUUCCUAAACUAAAUAUUUAUCACUAGAAUAUCUCUUUCUGAAGUUUGAAUUUUAUAUAUUAAAUAAGUUAGAAAUAGGGAAUUUUUAAGCUUAAAAUGCAUCAACUAUUUUUAAGUUAUUAUGUCAGUCUUUAAAAACAUGCAUAUUUAUGAGAAAUGUAAACAUUUCUUCAAACAGCUUUUUACAUCUCACUGAGGCAACAUAAAUAUGUUUAUUUAUGAUUACAAUUGUAAAUGAAUAUGUAUAGUAUCAGUAAAAAACUGAGAAGUUUUUAAUUUUAUUUUGCUUUCAGUUUCACUAUUACAUUGUUUCACUGGAAGUUUUAGUUAAGCUAAAACGUACCACCUUAUAUUCAAAAUUAAAAUGUAAUAUACUUACUUUACUCACCAUUUUAAAUUUUUAGUUAGAAUUUACUAUCCUGGUAAUAGUUCCCUGUCUUUCAAAACAAAAGUGCAAUUAUUUUUAAAAUGUGGCCUCCUGUAGUUAAACCUUUGGGUAGUUUACAUGUAGAAGUAGAUAAUGUUAUAUUUUGUAAGCUACAAAUAUGAAACUGGUGUUUAUGAAUAAUUGUUUAAUGUGUGUGUGUGCACAUUUUUUCGUUUAUUGUAUGUAGUAAUUUCAUUUUGAAAGAUUCUGGAUGCACAUUUAUAUGUAGAAGUUAAUCUUGAAAAGAUUUCAGUUGUGGAAUGUACAGUAGCAACUGUAUAUGUAUGUAUAGUGGCUAUUCUUAGAAGGAUUUCAGUUUUGAAUGUAAAGUACUAUUUGUACGCAUAUCUACUGUAGCCAUACUUAAAAGGAUUUUGGCUUGAAGUGAAAAGUAGCAGCUGGACAUGAAUGUAUAGUAGUUAAUCUAGGAAGGAUCUCAGCUUUGAGUGUAAAGUAGCACCAAUACAUGUAUGUAUUUAUCUUAGUGUGUAAAAACAGUUUAAAAUCUCUGUGUAAAAGAUGAACAACUUAUGUUGUUAUUGACAAGCGUUUAAACAUUGUGUUAAAUUUAGAGUUUUAUGAACCUAUGAAUGUUUAUUUAUCAUUCUUAGUCACAGUGUAUGUAAAUAAAAUCAACAAGGUCUUCAUGAAUGAUAACAGAAAACAUUUUCUGAACUUUUACAAUUAAAAAAAAUCUUUCACAAGCAGUAGUUAAAAACUUUCUUGAGGAGGGAUUUGUAUUCACAAAUUACAGAUUUCAUCUUGGUCAGCAAAAUACUGCAGUCAGAACAAAUAAAAUCUGAUGUAUUGAGGUUUUUUAUAGCAAUAUAAUGUAAAAUUCCAGAGAAUUAAAUUUCCUGAACAAGCAUUUAAAUAGACUUUAUGAAGACAAAUUUUUCAUUGAAAGUUAGUAUCUCCAAUAUAUAUAUAAAACUGUUAACAUAU